UGGGAGAGGGGAGGGCGGAGGCGGGAAGGAUGAGGGCGCCGGGGUGCACCCCCUCCGGGCGGAGCCGGGGUCCGGGCUGGCGGCUCCGCAGAGGGAGCGUGGCGGGGCCCUCGGCCUCGUGGCGAACCGUGGCAUCCCCGGCCCAGACAGUCUGACCACAAAGGCGGCGGCGGCCGGGAGUCCCGGGCGUCUCGGCCGCGAGGGCGGACGGAAGCGGCUACUCUGCGGACCCGGGGUGGGCGGUGGCGGUGCGCUGGGGCGGGGCCUUUCCGGGGAGGGCGGUGGCGGCGCUGCGACGUUUGAAGUCCCAGCAGUUGUCCCGGCUGGUGCCGCGCGCCUCCGGUUGCCUUUUGCACAUCCCGCGCCUCCCGCCCGUCUGUCCCGGUGCUCGCAGGCCUGGGGUCUUUUGCAGGAGUCUGGAGAAAGGCACGUCUCCAAGCCCCUGCGAACUGGAAACCGUGCGGAGCUGCGGGCUCAACAAAGGGAGAGCCCGGGAGUCUCGCCGUCGGUGAAGGGCGCGCGCACCCCGCCUACCUUCCGCCGCCCCUUCGCUCCAGGCCCGGGAAGGAUGCAGGAGGCCGAGGCCGACUGCGCCGUAGCCUUCGCGGAAGCUCAGAGAUGGGUGGAGGCAGUAACAGAGAAGAAUUUUCAGACCACAGAUUUUCGAGCCUCUCUAGAGAAUGGCAUUCUGUUGUGUGACUUGAUUAAUAAGCUUAAACCAGGUGUGAUUAAGAAGAUCAAUAGAUUGUCUACACCAAUUGCAGGUUUGGAUAAUGUAAAUGUUUUUUUGAAAGCUUGUGAACAGAUUGGAUUGAAAGAAGCUCAGCUUUUCCAUCCUGGGGAUCUACAGGAUUUAUCAAACCGAGUCACUGUCAAGCCUGAAGAGACCGAUAGGAGAGUGAAAAAUGUUUUGAUAACAUUGUACUGGCUGGGAAGAAAAGCACAAAGUAACCCUUACUAUAAUGGCCCUUACCUUAAUUUGAAAGCAUUUGAGAAUCUUCUAGGACAAGCUCUGAUUAAGGCACUUGAAGACUCCAACUGUCUGAAAAGAAGUGGCAGGGACAGUGGUUACGGUGAUAUCUGGUGUUCUGAACGUGGAGAAUUUCCUGCUCUUCCAGGCAACCAUAAUAGAGAAGAUUCAUUUGAAAGCUUGGACUCUUUGGGUUCUCGGUCAUUCACAAGCUUUUCCUCUGAUAUCACAUUGACAGGGGCACGUGAAGGUUGUGAAAGUGACACAGAUUCAGAAUUCAUAUUCAAAAUGCAGGAUUAUAAUAAAGAUGAUAUGUCCUAUCGAAGGAUUUCAGCUAUUGAGCCAAAAUCUGCUUUACCAUUCAAUCGCUUUCUACCCAACAAGAGUAGACAGCCUUCCUAUGUGCCAGCACCCUUGAGGAAGAAGAAGCCAGACAGAAAUGAGGAUAACAGAAGAAGUUGGGCAAGUCCAGCCUCUUCAGAAGCAGAUGGAACAUUUUCAAGAUUGGAUGUUUUGAGCAGUAAUGAGAGGAGAACUUGGGACACAAACAUGGAGAACUGGUCAGCAGUACAAGCAACUUCUCACUCCUCUCGUUACUUGGAAGAGAAAGAAAAGACAAACAUGCCCAACAUUGUAAAGGAUGAUCUUUAUGUGCGAAAGCUAAGUCCAGUCAUGCCAAACCCAGGGAAUGCUUUCAAUCAAUUUCUUCCCAAGUGCUGGAUCCCAGAAGAUGUGAAUUGUAAAAGAAUAAAAAGGGAAACUUAUAAACCAUGGUAUAAGGAAUUUCAGGGAUUCAGAAGGAAUUUAUACUCUGAGGAUGAGGACUCAGGCUCUGACAAAAGUUCCACCCAUUUUAGUAAAACACAAAAAACCGAGCAUAGGAUAGACAACAACCUCCAGAGACGUUCACUUGUACUGGAACUGGCUGCCAAGCAUGCCAGAAACUCACGGGACUACGUAUCCAGGAGAACCAGUGAUGCUUCAGAUGAGUCCAGUCAGUUUUUACUGCUUCAUGCCCUUCAAACAUACUCUGAUGACAUCCUGUCUUCUGAAACAAAUACCAGAAUUGAUCCCACUUCUGGCCCAAGGCUCAUAACACGCAGAAAGAAUCGCUUUUAUACACCAGGGUAUAGAAGAGAUGACCAUGAGAUAUCCUCUGUGAACCCUGAUUUAGAGAAUGAUGAUUUUUUUGUCAGAAAAACGGGGGCUUUCCAUGCAAAUCCAUGUGUUCUCCAGGCUUUUGAAGACUUUCGAAGAUUUUCUGAGCAGGAUGACCCAGUAGAACGAGACAUAAUUUUGCAAUGUAGAGAAGGUGAGAUAGUACUUCCAGAUCUAGAAAAGGAUGAUAUGAUUAUUCGCCGAAUUCCAGCGCAGAAGAAAGAGGUACCUCUGUCAGGGGCUCCAGAUAGAUAUCAACCAGUUCCUUUCCCUGAACCCUGGACUCUUCCUCCAGAAAUUCAAGCAAAGUUUCUCUGUGUACUUGAAAGGACAUGCCCAACCAGAGAAAAAAGCAGUAAUAGCUGUAGAGUUUUAGUUCCUUCACAUCGACAGAAGAAAGAUGACAUGUUGACUCGGAAGAUCCAGUCUUGGAAGCUGGGAACUGCUGUGUCUCCCAUCAGUUUUACACCUGGUCCCUGCAGUGAGGCCGACUUAAAGAAGUGGGAGGCCAUCCGUGAGGCCAGCAGGCUUAGGCACAAGAAACGUCUGAUGGUUGAGAGACUCUUUCAAAAGAUUUAUGGUGAGAAUGGGAGUAAGUCCAUGAGUGAUGUAACCGCAGAGGAUGUUCAGAACAUGCGUCAACUGCGUUAUGAGGAGAUGCAGAAAAUAAAAUCACAGUUGAAAGAACAAGAUCAGAAGUGGCAGGAUGACCUUGCAAAAUGGAAAGAUCGUCGAAAAAGCUACACUUCAGAUCUGCAGAAAAAGAAAGAAGAGAGGGAAGAAAUUGAAAAGCUGGCACUUGAGAAAUCCGAGAAGAACUCUAAGACACUUAAGGAAAUGCAGCAGGACAGGGAAUCCCGAAAUCAAAUGACUGCAAUUACAUCAAGGAGGAGAAUCUACUCACAUGAUGAUGUACUGAAUGAAGAAAUUUUCUCUCCUCCAGUGACUAUGUCAGAAACACAUGACCAGAGUGAGAGAGCAGAAGAGAUGGGAACAACUUACCCUACAGAAAUUCCUAAACAUGAUUCUACCACUUUGGUGAAAAGAGAAGAUAGUGUAGCCGCUGAAAUCCCGCUUCCUUCUAAUAGUACAGCAGAGGGACAACGCCCAGCCUCUUUGUCUUCUCAGCUUUUGCUGAGCACACAAAUGGAGUCCACUCGAGUUUCAACUUCUCUCCCCAGAAGUUACCAGAAAACUGAUACAGCCAGGUUAACAUCUGUGGUCACACCGAGACCUUUUGGCUCUCAUUCAAGGGGAAUCUCAUCACUCCCAAGAUCCUACACGAUGGAUGCGGCUUGGAAGUAUAACGGAGAUGUGGAAGGUGUUAAGAGAACUCAGAAUACUUGUGUCAACACUUCUGUGCAAAAGCCUGACCCCAGUCAGCUUACAUCCAGUUUGCCCAGUGAGAGAGAAACAGUGGCAGAGGAGGUGACAAGAGUACCCUCUCCUAUAGCUUCGCUCUCACCUUCUUCCCAAGACCAGUCUGUCACUUCUCAGGUUACAUUGUCUUCAACAUCUGGUCUGGACUUAAUGUCUGAGUCUGGAGUAGGGAGAAGCUCACCACAGAGAGAGGUCUCAAAAUCACAGGAUCAGUUCAGCGACAUGAGAAUUAGCAUAAACCAGAAGCCUGGCAACAGUAUUGUCUUGGGGUUUACAGUAAAAUGGGAUUUUUCUGGGAUCUCCAUAGCGUCAGUUGAAGCAGGUAGUCCAGCAGAAUUUUCUCAGCUACAGGUAGAUGAUGAAAUUAUUGCUAUUAACAACAUCAAGUUUUCACGUAAGGACACAAAAGAGUGGGAGGAAGCCAUGGCUAAUGCUCAGGAGACUGGAAACCUAGUCAUGGAUAUCAGACGCUAUGGAAAGUCUGACUGGGCCAAAGACCAACCUUCCCUGCCAUUUAUACGGCAUAAAACCCUCAAUCUUACCAGUAUGGCUACCAAAAUUAUAGGUUCACCCGAAACAAAGUGGAUUGAUGCAACUUCUGGAAUUUACAACUCGGACAAAUCUUCAAAUCUAUCAAUAACAACUGACUUCUCAGAAAGCCUUCAGGAUUCUAAUGUUGAAUCCAAAGAAAUCAAUGGAAUUCGUGAUGAAAGAAAUACUUUUGAAUCAAAAGCAUCUGAACCUAUUUCUUUGAAAAACUUAAAAAGGCGAUCACAAUUUUUUGAACAAGGGUCACCAGGCUUUUCUUACAGUUCAUGGGUCUACCUCUGUGGAAGCUCCGAUUCUAUGGUUCCUGAUCUUCCAGUUCCAACUAUCAGUGCCCCAAGUCGCUGGGCAUGGGAUCAAGAGGAAGAGCGAAAGCGACAAGAGAAGUGGCAGAAAGAGCAGGAUCGUCUGCUACAGGAAAAAUAUCAGCGUGAGCAGGAAAAACUGAGAGAAGAAUGGCAAAUAGCAAUGCAGGAGGCUGAACGAGAGAAUUCUAAGUAUUUGAAUGAGGAACUGAUGGUCCUAACCUCAAACAACAUUGCUCUGACUCCACGGGAGCCUGAAGCAACCUCCUGGGAAACUACAUGGGGAGUAGAGUCCAAGUCUUCUGACAAGGAAGGAACCCGGGCAGGAGAAGAGGAGAGGAGACCCCAGCAAGAGGACAGCCUGACUGAGGACCAAAACAAGAAGCUACAGGAACACCUUUCUCUUGAGAAAGAGAGGAAACUAAAGGAGGAGCAGCAGUAUCAAGAGGAGCAAGAGCAAAAACAGCGUCAGUACCAAGAGGAACGGGAACUGAGACGGCGUCAGGCAGAGGCUGAGGCUGAAGAACGAGCACGCCUCGGGGAGGAGCUGAAGCACCAGGCAGAGAGAGAGAGGGAGACGUCAGUCAAAAUAUACCAGUAUAGAAGGCCUGUUGAUUCCUAUGAUGUGUCAGGGAGAGAAGAAGAAUCUUCGGGGUUGCUUCCUAGUGACAGGAAUAAAUCUAGAUCUACUACUGAGCUGGAUGACUACUCCUCAAGUAAAAACGGAAACAAUAGAUAUUUGGACAGAAUUGGGAACACUAGCUCAUUACAAAAGAGCUCCAAGAAGGAACAAGCUCCAUCAGGAGCAGAAUUGGAAAGGCAACAAAUCCUUCAGGAAAUGAGGAAGAGAACAUCCCUUCACAAUGACAAUAGCUGGAUUAGACAGCGCAGUUCCAGUGUGAAUAAAGAGCCUAUCUGUCUGCCUGGGAUUAUGAGAAGAGGUGAAUCUCUAGAUAACCUGGAUUCUCCAAGAUCCAAUUCGCGGAGACAGUCCCCUUGGCACAAUCAGUCCACAGGAGUCUAUGCUUCUUCCUCGGUUCAAGACUUCAGCCGUCCACCACCUCAGCUGCUGUCCACAUCUAACCGUGCUUACAUGCGAAAUCCAUCUUCUGGUGUGCCUCCUCCUUCAAGUGGAUCUGGGAAAACCCCCAGUGCCCCUUCUCCCCCAUCACGUAGCCAGUCUCCUUCAACAACCCAGUCAGGCUCCCAGCUACGCAACAGGUCAGUCAGUGGGAAGCGCGUGUGCUCCUACUGUAAUAACAUUCUGGGCAAAGGAGCUGCCAUGAUCAUCGAGUCCCUGGGUCUUUGUUAUCAUUUACAUUGUUUUAAGUGUGUGGCCUGUGAGCGUGACCUCGGUGGCUCUGCCUCAGGAGCCGAAGUCAGAAUCCGAAACAACCAGCUGUACUGCAAUGACUGCUAUCUCAGAUUCAAAUCUGGACGGCCAACUGCCAUGUGACGUAAACCUCCACACGAAAGCACUGUUGCAGAUAGAAGAAGAGGCGGUUGCUGCUGAUGUACAGCUAUAAAUACGUGCUGUACGUCUUUUUGUUUUAAAGAGUAACCCUUUUCUUUCCUCUUUUAGACUAUAUUGAACUGUUGAAGUCUUGAUAGCAUCUGUAUUUUUGCUGUUUAUUUAUAAGAAGGUACUUAAAUGUGGGGAAAAGUGCAGUAUUUACUUAUGGAUUCAUCUUAAAAGCACAAGGAAAAUAUGAACUUUAAACCAUCUUUGAGGCUCAUCAUUGAGUUUGACUUUGUAGUGGUUGGAAGAGGGCUAUUGUAUUUUUUAAGGUUCUUAAGCAUUAUUUGAAAUAGCUAAUAUAAUUCCAUAAUUGCAUUUUCUCCGUUUAUUGCAAUGUAUACUAAGUUACUGCAGAACCAUUUGGAAAAUUUCAGUAAAAUACACCGUCCCCCCAAAUUUGCUUUCUGUAUCCUUCUAUGUAUUUGAUAUCAUCAUUAAAAAAAAAGCAUAUAUAACAUUUAUUUGCUUGAGGAACACUGUAUUCUUCACCAGAAUUGUCUAUAAGCAAAUCCCACUAGAAAAAUGCUUUUCAUUAGUGAAAAAAUCACCAGGGUUUCCCUACUAACUUUUCUCCAGAAAUGAGUGAACCUUUCUGUUAAACGGUGUUUGUAAAUAAACUUGCUGAUGCAUUUAGAGAA